GUUUUUCGCCUUAUGCUUGAAGUCAUAAAAUAUUUUGUGUUAUAUUGUUUAGGAAAUAUUAUUUUUUUAUGAUUGGGUGAAAAUGUAUCAUAGGCGUUUUAAAACUUCUUACUGCCAACACUGCUGAUGAGGCCUUUCCUAAAGUUAAGGUUUUCCUUGUAGUGUUAGUGCUAAUAUUUGAAAAUGGAAACUGUUUUUUAAACAAUAGAUAUAAAAAAAUUGUUUGUUUUUUAUUUAGGUUAUGUUAGUUUUACAGGCGCGAAAAAUUUUCACUCGUAUGGUUCACCAAGAGAAGGAUAAAUGAAGUAGUGUAUACGUAUUAUGAAAUUAAAAAUCGGCUGAAUUCUAUAUUUUGGUGGUUGUUAAUCGGUGCGAGAAAUAACACGAUUUUUGGUAUUUCGGUCGGCAUGAUCGAGAAAGCCUUUUGAUUAAAGUAUUUGAAGUAAUUGUAAUUAUAUAUAUUUUUUUUUGUUUUUUAAGUAAGAUAUCUAAACGUCAACAUGCUGGAAUUGGAAACAAGACUGAAAGAUAUAGUAGUUAAAUUGUUUGAAAUCAAUGCUUUGAAAUUUGGUGAUUUUAAAAUGAAAGUCGGUGUAAAUUCUCCAGUAUAUUUUGAUUUAAGAGUCGUGGUGUCUUAUCCAGAAUUGAUGGAGCAGAUCUCGGUCCUGCUGUGGGAGUUCUGCCAGGGCGAAGUGGCGUGCGACCACGUGUGCGGCGUGCCCUACACGGCCCUGCCCAUCGCGACGCUCAUCUCUUCUCGCUUCCGCAUCCCCAUGCUGAUCCGUCGCAAGGAGACGAAGCAGUAUGGCACGCGCAGGCUGGUGGAGGGCAGCUUCGCGCCCGGGGACCGCUGCGUCAUCGUGGAGGACGUGGUGACUAGCGGCUCCAGCAUCCUGGAGACCCGGCAGGACCUGCGGGCGGAGGGACUGAGCGUGACGCACGCCCUGGUGGUGGUGGACCGGCAGCAGGGCGGCGCCCAGGCGCUGCAGCAACACGGCCUCAGCAUGCUGUCCCUCCUCACGCUCUCCAAGAUAAUGCACAUCCUGUGUGAGGCUGGUCGCGUGGACCGAGCUGUGGUUGAGAGCGUGACCACCUACCUGUCCCGCACCCAGUUCGACGGCAGCAACUUUGCCCCCGCUCCGGAGAAACCACUGGCGGGGGCGGGGGAGGGCCGGCUGCGCAUGCCGCUGCAGGCCCGCGCAGAGCUGGCGCGGAGCCCCGUGGCGGCGCGCCUGCUGCGCCUCAUGGCGCGCAAGCAGACCACGCUGUGCGUGGCGGCGGACGUCACCACGGCCUCGGAGCUGCUGGAGCUUGCCGGCCAGGUGGGGCCCCACGUGUGCCUGCUCAAGACCCACGCCGACAUCCUGGGGGACUUCGGGGAGGCCGCGGUGGCCGGCCUGCUGCAGCUCGCGCGCCGGCACGACUUCCUGCUGCUGGAGGACAGGAAGUUCGCGGACAUCGGCCACGUGGUGCAGCUGCAGUACUCGCAGGGCCCGCACCGCAUCGCCAGCUGGGCGGACCUGGUGACGGCACACCCCGUGUCGGGGGAGGCCGUGCUCACCGGCCUGAGCGCGGCGCUGGCGGCGGUGGGGCCCGAGGUGCAGCGGGGCUGCUUCCUGGUCGCCGAGAUGAGCUCCCAGGGCCACCUGGCGUCCCCCGACUACCUGGCAGCGACGACGCAGCUGGCGGAGCGACAGGCGCGGCUGGUGUGCGGCCUGGUGUGCCAGUCGCCCGGCCUGCUGCGUGCGCCCGGACAGCUGCAGCUGACGCCCGGCGUGCGGCUGGAGACGGCCAGCGACGGCCUGGGCCAGUGCUACCACUCGCCCCGGGAGGCCGUGCUGGAGCGCGGGGCGGACGUGGCCGUGGUGGGGCGCGGCGUGACCCGCGCGGAGGACCCGGGGGCGGCCGCGCGCCGGUACCGCGACCUGCUCUGGGCCGCCUACCUGCAGCGCGUGGGCCUGCAGGCAGAGUGAGGCUGGCUGCUCGACACAAGGGUACCACAUAUCGAGGUUAUAUUUUCAUGAUGUGUUUUAAUAUUGACGUCCAGCUCACACAGUCAUGACAAUUUCUUACUUUAAUUUGACAAGUACGCUGCAGCCAGGGUUAAGCUGAAGUUUGUACCUACUUUUGGAUUGGUAAUUAAUGUUGGUGAUUUAAAUUAUUAUUUUAUAUAUUGACUUACAUGUUAAUGGUUGUUGGGUUAAUUUCCGGUCAAGUACGUUGGAAGGUUGAGAAAAUAAUAGUCAUUGAUUAAACCAUGUGUUUGCUGGUACCAAAUCUGUAUUCACUUACAUUUUUUUUUUAGCUUUGUGGGGAUUUAAAAUGUUAAACAGAAAAGCUUUGGAUUGUUGGUACAUACUGUAGAGCAAAAAAUGUACUGAUUUUGUUUGUGCUCAUAAUUGUAAUUUGAGUAUUGGUUACUAAACGUGUUAGUAAAAAGAUUCCAUUCAGGUCAUUCAGUGAGAAGGGAAUAAUUACUGCAAGGCAUAGCACAUGGCCAUGAAGUGCAGGUUUAUCGAUAUUUGAUACACACAACUACCAGGGACCAAGCAUAGCACAUUGACUGCAAUAGAUUGUGAGUUUGACUCUAAUACAACAGUGUAGUUAAAUUAAAAGUCAGUGAGUGUGCACUGAAAACAAAUCCUUCCAUGUACAUUUGUUACUAAUGUAGUAGUAAGCAGUUCCUGUCGUGUUCGCCCUGAAUCCAGUCUUGAGUCACGGUGUCGCGGUGACAUUGCUCGGCCAGUUGUGUAUUCGGCGAGGUGGCAGCCCUGCGGAGCAGCUGGAGUGACGAUAUUGGCCACACUGUGUGGCCAGUGCCUUAUAACAUGUACCUGUGUACAUGCUUAUUUAUUGUGUGAAGAUCUGUGAAGGAUGUGAUAUUGCUGCCUCAAUGCAUCUUAAGUGCCUUUAUAUCUUUACUGUAAGCCGUAUUAAAUCAUAGUUGUCCAGUAUUUUAUAAAACAAAAGUCUUUGAAUAUUGUUAAUUGUUGGUAGCUUGUAUAUGUAUUUUUCAUAUAGUGUUAGUUUUUUCCUUCUUUUAUAGUUUUUAAUUUUUGAUUGUAAUGUUGUGUUGUAUAAUUUUAAUGAAGAGUGACAUUUUAUCUAAUUCAAGUGUACAACAUUCCACUGAGUUUUAAGUUUAUUAUACAUUAAAUUUAUAAUACAUUUUACUACA